AUUGACUAAACAGUCAUGGCAUUAUUUUAAUUAAAACAAACACAUAAAAUAUGUCAUUUCAAAGAUAUUCUUGCUUAGGCUGAAGCUAAACAUGUAAGUAAGUUUUAAGGUGAUUCCAUGUAAACAAAAGUCAGAUAGAAAUAGAGCAGAUAAUAUGUGGAUAUAAUAAAGAUUGAGAAGCAAGUAUAUAAAUGGCUGAAAUUCUAGAAACACAGUUCAAGUUCAUGAUGAACCACGUGAAAGGAGAAGAGAAUUAUUCCAGAGGGUUAUUCCAGCAGAGGAAAAGGCAUAAGCCCAAGCAAGGAGGCAAGAGCCAUCAAUAACUGCAGGAAGUUCAAACAGGUCAGUGUUGCUGUAAUACGAAGUUCCAGGCAAGCCGCGGCAGCAGAGGAGCAGAGGAACGCCAAAGCACACAGCACUAGGUCUGCUCUGUUGAAUAGCAUGAACUUAUCUGUAGGUGACAGGGAUCCACGGAAAGGCCAUGGCCAUGCUUGUAUAUUAGAGGGAUUCCACUCGGGGGGUGGGAGAAGAUGACAGACUGGAGGCGGAGAAUCCAGGCAAAAUGACCUUGGGCUCAGAGGAAAUAACAGACAAGAAAUACUUAGGUGUUAAAAAAAAAAUCAUCAGGUUUCAGUGACUGACUGGCUAAGAGUGGAUGAGACAGUGAAGAAGAGCUUAAUGGUUUAUAGCUUGGAUGAUCAGUAGACAGUGGUACCAAACAAGAGGGACUUACGGUCAAGGGAGAGCUUUGAGAGGUUUUGUUUUGUUUUGUUUGAUAAUGAUAAUAAGCACGAUUGACAAUGAGCGUGCUACCUUAAUACAAAGGGAGAGAAACUGGUAAGAUAAGUAAAGGUGAGGAAACAGGUCCCAAACUGGAUGAGUUCAAAGUGGGCAGACUGUAGGAAACUCGAGCCUUUCCUCCUGCGCGAGAGAAAUUAUGAUUGCAUUCAUCCCGAGUGCCAUGUAAAGAGUACAGAGUCCCGGCAAUUUGUUAAAUAAAAAAAUAACCCAGAAACUGGGGUCAAACAGGGUGCUCCAAAACCAGAUUUAAGAGGAUGGGGUAAAGUGAGGAGAGAUUAGGAAACCCGAUAGCACCAAUUCCAGGUGGAAAUGUGUCAGGAUAAUAGCUGGCGUAGACCAGGCACCAUCAGGCAUCAGGUCCACCCCUCGAACAGGGUAAACCACCCAAGUCCAGAGGAGUCUGCCUCGGGGUCCUUUCAAUCUCCCUUCCCAUAUGAUAGUUAUCUCGCUCUUCGUGGAUGCUCAGGUAAACACCCACUUGCACAUCCUCCCCACUUCCUGCCCUGCUACUGAAAUGGGAAACGUUUUCGUCUGUUUUAUUCUCAAAUAUUUUGCGGGUUUCCAAUGAGUUUCAAGGAGCUAGCUGAAGCCAUGUGAAUUACAACUUGAAAAUAUUUCCCAGUAAAUACAGAAGCUAUUCUCACAAUCGCUUCACAGGAAGAGGUCACGGCUAGGCCCCUGACAGGAAGAGGUCACGGCUAGGCAUGGGAAAGAUGCAGCCUCCUGCUGGCUGGGGCUCUCACUUGGGGGUCCCUCUCUCCUUCCUCUCUGUACCUAGUUUCAUACCACUUACCAUUGGUCACACCCUGGUAACUUGUAACCCUGAGCACAAAUUAGACCCAAUUUAUACACGCACAUAAAGCUCGGCUCCAAAGAGGGUUGGACAUCUGUAGCACUUGACAUUCAAACCUUUGGCGAGAUGUCAACGUUUCAUAGAGCACUUUAAAUGUUUUGGUUUAAGAGCUAAUGCAUUUCCCACUGGUCAACACGAGCAGCCCAGGCAGAAAGCAAAGUCUGUUUCCCUCAACAUCAGAUGUUAUGCUCAGUUUCUGACCCAAUCUUGCCUACAGAGACCAUAAGAGGCUGGAAAAACUGUGUUUCUACGAGCAUCCUUGCACCUGUUUCUUCUGUAAGAGUUUUCUAUGGCACACACCUAGGAAUUCAAAUGCUCAGCUACAGGGCCGUACCUGCAGCAGUCACAGCACCAUGAACUCCACCACCGCACAGCCCCCACCGGUGAUCUGCUCCUGGAACCCCGUCAUAACUCGCCAAAUCAUCCCCACGCUGUACUUCGUGGUUUUCAUCGCAGGCAUCCUGCUCAAUGGCGUGUCGGGCUGGAUAUUCUUUCACGUGCCCAGCUCCAAGAGUUUCAUCGUCUAUCUCAAGAACAUCGUGCUCGCCGACUUUCUCAUGAGUCUGACUUUCCCUUUCAAGAUUCUCAGUGACUCGGGGCUGGGCCCCUGGCAGCUGACCGUGUUCGUGUGCCGGGGCUCGGCCGUGCUCUUUUAUGUCAGCUUAUAUGUCAGUAUCGUGUUCUUCGGGCUCAUCAGCUUUGACAGGUACUAUAAAAUCGUCAAGCCACUUAAGACCUCAUUCAUCCAGUCCGUGAGCUACAGCAAGCUCCUGUCAGUGACCGUGUGGGUGCUGAUGCUCCUUCUCGCUGUUCCCAACAUGAUCCUGACCAACCAGAGUGUGAGGCACAGCACACAGAUCAAGUGUGUGGAACUUAAAAACGAGCUGGGGCUAAAGUGGCACAAGGCAUCCAACUUCAUCUUUGUGACCAUUUUCUGGAUUGCAUUUCUUCUCUUGAUCAUUUUCUAUACUGCCAUCACAAGGAAAAUCUUCAAGUCCCACCUCAAGUCCAGGAGGAACUCCAUUUCAGUCAAGAGGAAAUCCAGUCGCAAUAUAUUCAGCAUCAUGUUCGUAUUUUUUGUCUGUUUUGUACCCUACCACAUUGCCAGAAUCCCCUAUACCAAGAGCCAGACGGAAUCUCAUUACAGCUGCCAGUCAAAAGAAACCUUGCACUAUGUGAAGGAAUUCAGUCUGCUCCUGUCGGCUGCCAAUGUGUGCCUGGACCCCAUUAUCUAUUUCUUUCUAUGCCAGCCAUUUAGAGAGAUCUUAUGUAAGAAAUUACACAUCCCAGUAAAAGCUCACCGUGACUCAGAAAACUCCAAAACCAGAAGGGGAAAUACAAUACAUGAAAGCACAGACACUUUGUGAGUUCCCACCUCCUGUCAGAUAGUCUGUGUAUCCGGAUUGUAAUCUUCAAUUACAUAAUAAGAGAAAUGAAUGAGAACCAUGUCUAGGAUAAUAAGUAUCGUCACUGAGCAUUGCUAUCCAAUUUAGUACAACAAUAUAUUAAAAUGUUAGUUCCAUGUUUUUUUGUAAUAUCAAAGAAAAAAAUAAUGCAUACAUUUUUUUAUAUCACAUUAAAAUAUACAGUUUAAACGUAUAAUCACUAACCUGGUAAGUUAAUGUAGAACUUUAAAUAGCAAAUAAGAAAAUAGGAAGCAAUCAAGACAAUUCACAGAGGUGUCUUCCCUCUCUAAAUAUAAGAAUUAAGUUAGGAAAUGAUGUAUAUUUUUUCAACAGGGUCAUUAAAGACGAACUAAAAAGCAGGAACUAGAGGUCUAUUUGUAGUAAAGAGUCAAGUUUUCCCUGAUUUGAAGGAGAAAAAGCAAACACUCAGAAAAACAAUAUAAGAAACCCCCUACUGAUUAAUUUCAUGGCAUUUCAAAAGAAAGCGGAUAUAAAUUAUACACUUUGCAAUUAAAAAUGUAAUGUUUUUCUGAUAGCAUUUUGAGGAUGAUAUAAAAAUACGUUUUAAAUAUGUUCUCUACAAAAACUUGUUAAGUCACUUAAUGAGCCUGGAGUUCUGGUGUUAGAAUAUUUUUAAGUGGACUCUACUGAGGGAAGCUGGAUAUUGGCACGUGCUGCCAGCAACUUCCCCUGUUCUCUGUUAUGGACAAAAAAAUAGGAUGAGUGGGAGAAAGAGUCAGUCAGUCUCUCUCUCUCUCUCUCUCUCUCUUCUCUCUCUCUCUCUCUCUGUCUGGCAACAUACAUUUAUUCUCUAG